AUGGCUCCUAUUCCAGGCCUUGCCAACGACAACAUACUGUCUUCUCGGGCUGAAAAUAAGCACGAGGCUGACAUGGAGAAGGAAAACUUCCUCAUGGAGUUCCUCUUCGGAAUCUUGAUCACUGUGAUCGUCGUGUACUUGGGAUACAGGGCCUACAUUCACUUGAAGCCCAGGUACAAGGAAGAGUGGAAGCCCAAGCUUGAGCCCAAGCUUGAGGACUGCAGGGAGAAGUAUGAGGGAUGGAAGAAGAAGAUGGGGGCCUGGCAUGGCCCCAAAGAACCAAAGGCGCCAGAGCCUGCUCACGUGGCUCGUCAUGUUUCUCAGGCUCCGGAGGUCAAGCCGAUCGUUCGUGAUUUGACCCCGGAGUACAUGAGGAUGUCGACGGCGGGCAUGGUUUAG